AUGACUUCCCCGUUCAACGGGGCCUGUCCCGCUCCUUUCCUGGACGAAAGUCUAUUCCCGAAAAGCGGAGGCUUCGUUCCUGGUCGAGCAUGUGCCUUGAACCCGCUUGAGGGCCCCAAUGCAACCUCCAGAUGCUGCAUCCCAUGCCCCAUCUUCGACUACGUCUAUGACGACGAUUUCAAGAACUUGACCGACGGCGCCGCUUGGCUCCAUGUUGUCGGUUUCAUUCUCUGUGGCUUCCUGCUCAUUUCCAUGGCCGUCCUCCCAGUCACCGCCACGCGCCGCACUUUCCUAAACAUCAUUCUCCUCGUGGGAAUCAUGUUGCUGGAGCUCGGCUUCAUCAUCCCGCUAGCCCGCCAGCCCGAACAAUGCCAUAACGAAAUCACACCCAACGACAUGAACACCAGCACAACCUGUGCCUUCUCCGGCGCCUUCGCAGCCUUCGGCGGCAUGACACUCGUGACCUGGAUCCUCAUCCGGGCCUUCUUCAUGCACCUCCAAAUCGUGUGGGACCACACCCCAACCAAAUACACCUACCUAGCCGCCAACAUCACCGCCUGGACCGUCACCAUCGUCCUUGUCUCCGCCGUCCUCGCCCACGCCGGCGUCUCCUUCCGCUUCGGCGGCUACUGCCACGUCAACCACACCGGCUCCAUCCCGACAUACUGGUCCUGGCUGCUCGCCUUCGGCGCCCUCGCCCUCCUCCUCCAACUCGCCACCUUUGCCUACUGCAUCAAAGUCUACCUGCAAGCCACGCUCGUCCGCUCCGCCGCCCACACCACCCCAUCCUCGCACUCCACAACAACAACCACCCACAAACCCCGCCAACCCAGCACCACCACCACCACAACAACAACCACCACCACCUCCCUCGCCCGCGCCCGCGCCCGCACCGCCACCGCCCGCGCCGCCCUCCACCGCAUCAACCUCGUCCUCGCCCUGCAAUGGCGGUCCCUCCUCAUCGUCUUCCUCGCCAUCUUCACCACCGCCUUCGUCUGCGUCGUCUUCAUCGUGCUGGACAACGCGCAAGAGAAGCUGGCGCUGGCCAACGCCGACGCCGCCCUGCCGUGGAUCGCGUGCAUCAUCCUCACGCGCGACAACGACGCGUGCGUGCGCCACACGGCGCCCAUCGUCAUCUCGCAGCGCGUCACCGUCGCGACGCUGUUCGUGCUCGCGGCCGUGGGGUGCGAGGCGUUUGGGUUGUUGUGGAGGGGGGGCGUGGGGAGGGCGUGGGUGGGCGUCGUGAGGGGGGCGUGGGGGAGGAGGGGGGAGGUGAGGGGGUGGAGGCGGUGGGGGCGGUGGGGGAGGAGGAGGGACUAUUUGAUGGGGGGGCCGGAGCCGGCGUUUGAUUUGGUUGGGAGGAGGGAGGGGGCGGGUGUGGCGGGGGGGAGGGGGGAGAGGCUCGGGUCGGCGGGCGGGACGGUGUCGCCGAUGCAGAGGGGGGUGGUGGCGCCGGGGGAGAGGGUGGUGGAGGAGGAGUCGAGCGUGGAGAAGGGGUCGUUGACGGCUGCGACUGAGGCGCCGCAUGCGUUGUGA